AUGACACGUAAUAAAGCACACAAACAGCGAUUCCGUUCCAAACAUAUGUUGGCGGAGAAGAUAAAAGGCCGGAAGCUGCAGUCAGUUAACAAGAUUGCAAAGGUAAUAGACAUUACCAAUUCCAAGGAGCGGUCACGUCAACUAUCAAAGUCGUUGCACGGAAAGCGGGUAAAGGCAUCCCUUGAACAUAAAAGGCUUGGUGGAGCUAAUGGUAUUCCUCGAAUUAUUGGUGUCCUCCCAGCCAACGAAUCUGGAAAUACUGAAGAAGUAAUUGUGAAAUUAUGCGAAUUUUUUAACUGUACAUGGCAACCUGGAGAAAGUACACGUACCGUUGUUUCACAUGAAAGGAAUACUUCCUUUACGUUCAUAUGCGAAAAAAACUGCAACGCUCAGGACUGUGUUGAUGUUUCGAAGGUUUCUGAUAUUCUUAUCCUUGUUCUAGAUGUAUCACAGAUGGUACAUGAUGCAAUAAGCGAGAUUCGGGCCUCAGGUAUUUAUGAUGACGAUGAUUCUGAAAAAGUCUCCACUACAUGGUUUAGUGAUGUGGGCCUUUGUAUUACUGACUACACACGUGAUCUUAUUACAGCGAUUAAUUCUCAGGGUGCCCCUGGUGUAGUUGUGGUCCUGCAAAAUUUGCAUACCUUUCCCGAAAAGCGCCAACAGAAAAUUCUAAAGGUUCACCAGCGUUAUUUCCUUUCUGUAUUGCAUGCCUCCUCUAAAAUAAUGGUAGUGGAUGAUGAGAAUAGCUACAAAACACUUACAUAUCAUCUCCAAGUUAUGAAAAUUCAUUUAUUAAAAUGGAGAGAUCAACACCCCUAUUUUGUAGUGGAGAAUGGUGCUUAUGAUAGAGAGUCUCGACAGCUUACGCUUUGUGGGUUCCUGCGCGGUCAGCCCUUAUCGGCCAAUCAACUAAUCCAUCUCACUAAUCAUGGUACAUUUCAAAUUUCUAAUAUUUUUGUAUUCAAUGAGAGUGGUGAGAAGAUUAUUUUAGAUAUCAGCGAUGAGACCCAACGAGAGUCAUUAAAGCAUAUACAACCCAGCUCGACUCUUGAGGAUGAGGGUAUGCCAACAGAAGCGGAUGUAGAUUACAUGCAAGAAAUGGAAGAUACACACAGGAUCAAAGUGCCGCUUGGUUCUUCAGAUUAUCAGGCAGUGUGGUAUGACAACAAAGAAAACACUUUGGAAGGGCAUGGUACAUCACAUAUUAUGGAUCCCAAUAGGGAUGAUGAUGCAUUUGCAGAGGUUAUGUCUCACCAUACCACUCAGACAGAUGGAGAUUUUUUAAAUGUGGAAGAUGCAAUCCGCUUGGACCAAAUGUCAUAUGAGGAAAGGGAGCUUGAAAUGCAAAGACUAAGGGAAGCGAGUGAGCAAGAAGCGUGGUCUCCUGAUGUAAUAGACACUCCUACUAACAUUGCUGCACGGCAACGCUUUGCCAAGUAUCGAGGGCUGAAAAGCUUCAAAACAGGAAAGUGGGAUCUAUCAGAAAAUCUGCCGCCUCAAUAUGCGUACAUUUAUAAACUGCAGGGCUAUUCAAAAAUCCGGGCUAAUUCUAUUGAAAAAUGUAAGGAAGGAGUCGCCCAAGUUGGCCAAUUUAUUCAUGUUACGCUAGAAAAUGUUGACUCAAAUGUUUGGGAAAACAAAUCCAGUUGCUUGCUGAUUGCAUCAGGACAAUUGGAGCACGAGCAAAAAUGGUCUCUACUCCAUUUUCAGGUUCAACGUGCAAGCAACUUCACUGACCCCAUAAAAUCAAAAACACCAAUGCUGGCUCAUAUAGGCUUUCGAAAAUUUUAUGUAUCUCCUUUGUUCAGCGAUAUUAAUUCAGGGGAUCGCACAAAAUUGUUGCGCUUUUUUCAUGAGGGUGAUAGAUUUUGCAUGGUUUCUUUUUUCGGCCCCAUUUCGUAUAAUCCGUGUCCAAUUCUUCUGUUUGAAGUACCAUCCCUAGAAGGGCAGUUGGAAGGUAGUCCACUUAAUCUUGCUUGCUUUGGUGGAGCUAAUCCUCCUAAUCCCGAUAUUCUCAUCCUUAAGCGAGCGAUUCUAACUGGUCGUGUGGCGGUCAUUCACAAAAGGCAAAUUGUUGUCAAGUAUAUGUUUUUCAAUGAUGAUGAUGUGAAAUGGUUUCGACCGGUGGAUUUGUAUACUAAAUUAGGACGUCGUGGAAAUAUCAUAAAGGCUGUUGGUACGCAUGGUUUAUUUAAGGCAGCCUUCAAUGAUCAAGUGAUGCAGCACGACCUUGUGUGUAUGGAUUUAUACAGACGCGUUUUCCCAAAGUGGAAUACGGCAGCGUUUAAUAUUUCAGACGUUCGCCUCCCCUCCCAUUGUUGUAAUGAAGAAAAUGAGGCCUGA